GGCUCCCCCUCGAUGGUUCACCGCAGCCCGGAGGAGGGACAGACCUUCCACCGCUGCCCGGAAAUCAGCGCCCAGGAGCCGCACGCACUCUGACAGCACCGUCGGCGGGCAGCCAUGCUGAAGCCGGGCGACCCGAGCGGCUCGGCCUUCCUGAAGGUGGACCCGUCCUACCUGCAGCACUGGCAGCAGCUCUUCCCUCAGGCGCAGCUGAAGGCUCCGUUGGCCCCCCCGCCGCCUCCACCUGACCGCCUCUCCAUCCCCAUGGACAGCCUGCGCCCGUCCCGCCUGCACACCCACCUCCUGGCCUCCACGCACUGCACCUCCUCUUCUUCUUCCACGUCCUCCUCUGCAGCUUCCUCCUCCUCGGCGGCGGCGGUGGCUGCAGCUCUCACCCCGUCCUCCUCCAUCUCCAUCUCCACCUCGGCAGGGAUCUCCCAGCUGCCCGUCCCCCAGCAGAUCGCACUCUUCGGGCAGGCAUUGGCUCCGGUGUGUGCCGGGCCUGGAGGACCAGGAGGAGGACCAGGAGGAGGAGGAGGAGGCGACCUUGUGGUGGUGGUUCCUCCGGAGAACCAGCAGGGUCACAACCCAGCGGCGGGGCUUCUCCUCCCGGCCAAGGAGCAGAGCUGUGGGGGGGUCAGCGUAGUGUCGUCCAGCGUGAAGAGCAGCAGCAGCGGAGGAGGAGGAGCAGGAGGAGCAGCAGCAGGAGGAGGAGGAGAGGAAGGCAGCAAAGGAGCAUCAACCAGGUUCAAGCUGACGUCCGAGGAGCUGGACUACUACCUGUACGGACAGCAGAGGAUGGAGAUCAUCCCGCUGAGCAACCACACGGGAGAGCUCAACAACCGUUGCGACAUGUGCGCAGACAACAGGAACGGCGAGUGUCCGAUGCACGGCCCUCUGCACUCUCUGCGGCGGCUGGUCGGCACCAGCAGCACGGCGGCUCCGGUCACCCUGCCGGACGUCCCUGAUUGGCUCAGAGAUCUGCCCAGAGAGGUGUGUCUGUGCACCAGUACAGUUCCUGGUCUGGGUUACGGGAUCUGUGCAGCUCAGAGGAUCCCUCAGGGGACCUGGAUCGGCCCGUUUCAGGGAGUCCCGCUGCUGCUCGACAAACUGCAUCCCGGAGCCGUCAGGAACAGCAGACACCUGUGGGAGAUCUACGAUGCAGAGGGGACGUUACAGCACUUUAUCGAUGGUAAUGAUCCCAGUAAGUCCAGCUGGAUGAGGUAUAUCCGCUGUGCCAGACACUGUGGGGAGCAGAACAUGAUGGUGGUGCAGUACAGGUCGUGUAUUUUCUACAGAGCGUGUAUGGAUAUCCCCCGAGGAACAGAGCUGCUGGUUUGGUACAACGACUCCUACACCUCCUUCUUCGGCAUCCCGCUGCAGUGCAUCGCUCAGGACGAAAACCUAAACGUCCCAGCGACUGUGGUGGAAGCCAUGACCAGGCAGGAGUCCCUCCAGUCCUUCAACAAGAACGGCAAACCUUCCUCCUCCUCGUCUUCCUCCUCCUCCACCCCCUCCACCACCCUCAUGCGCUCCAUGGUUUUCCCUCACUCCCCCUGCUCGAGGAAUUUCUCCCUGUUAGACAAGGUCGGGGUCGGGGCUCAGUCAGACUCCAGUUACGGCCAGUUGGGGUCAAAGAACCAGCGAGUCCUGGCGAGUCCGACCUCCACCAGCCAGCUGAGCAGCGACUUCAGCGACUGGCACCUGUGGAAGUGUGGCCAGUGCUUCAAGACCUUCACCCAGAGGAUCCUGCUGCAGAUGCACGUCUGUCCGCAGAAUCCAGACAGGGAAGAAAAAUGUGUGCUGGAUAUGGCGGGGGGAGGGAGGGUCGAUGUGGAGCUGCCUGUCAAUAGGAAGGUUUUAUGGGACGGAGGAGCAGAUCAGAUUCAGCUGAACAAGCCAAACAGACCUGGAGCUCCGAGGCCUCGCCGUGCCUCACACUGGAGUGGACUGGGGUCAGACCAGUAUGCCCAUCACAGCGUCACCCCCUGCAGAGAGCAGUGA